AUGUCUACACAACAUUUAAAGAAAUACGAGCCCGGUGGAGGUUAUGAGCCCAAACCGAGAGCAAACGGAGCCCCCGUGCAAACUAUCGAAUUAACAAGCGUUAAGGGUCCAAACUUGAAGCCUGGACCCGUUAACUCUUCUGCUCCUAGUAGCAAGGUCGCAUUUCCUCAGCCUGUUGCCAGACAGCAACACGAGCGAGGCCGGUAUCAGACCCUUUCUGCCCCUCCUCAUCGCCCGGAUCUCGAUGGUCUGCCUGCGAGAGGGCGAUACAAGACGAUGAUGUGA